GUUCACAAAGUUACCUUGGCAGUAACGAAAAAUAAAAAAAUAAAAAAAAGUAAGAAAACGCAUUGAACGCGUUACUUAUUAACAAGCCGCACAAAUCGCCCUUGUGUUGCGUUGCUACUUGUGACACUGACGUUAGAAAAAUUCGAUGCCUUCCAGGGACGAUAUACGCUCCCUAUCCACUGAGCAACGCUGGAUCCCUCCUUCAACUGUUAGACGCGAUGCACUCACCCCAGAAAGCCGAAAUGAUCUCAUCUUUAGAAAGGUGCGGGGUAUUCUUAACAAGCUCACACCGGAAAAGUUCGCAAAGCUGAGCAACGACCUGCUCAACGUUGAGCUUAAUUCUCAUGUGAUUCUCAAGGGUGUUAUUUUCUUGAUCUUCGAAAAAGCACUUGAUGAACCCAAGUACAGUUCUAUGUACGCACGGCUGUGCAAACAGCUGUCUGACGAAGCCGGAAACUUUGAACCCCGUAAACCGAUCGAUGAAAGUCAAAAAGGCCAGAGUACAUUCAAAGUUCUUUUACUUAACAAGUGCAAAGACGAGUUCGAAAAUCGUUCAAAAGCAAGCGAGGCAUUCGAAAAUCAGGAUGAGCUCGGUCCGGAGGAAGAAGAGCGCCGGCAGGUGGCCAAGCGCAAGAUGCUUGGUAACAUCAAAUUCAUCGGAGAGCUCGGCAAACUGGGCAUCGUGUCGGAGACGAUUUUACAUCGUUGCAUCCAGCAGUUGUUGGAGAAGAAAAGGCGAGGGAGAUCCCGGGGGGACGCGGCGGAGGAUAUCGAGUGCCUCUGCCAGAUUAUGCGUACCUGCGGCCGUAUCCUUGACUCGGAUAAGGGCCGCGGACUCAUGGAUCAAUAUUUCAAACGUAUGAACUCUCUGGCGGAGAGUAGGGAUCUUCCUCUACGCAUCAAAUUCAUGCUGCGUGAUGUGAUUGAAUUACGCCGUGACGAUUGGAAACCGCGCAAGGCCACCAGCACCGAAGGCCCGAUGCCGAUUAAUCAGAUUCGCAAUGACAACGAGGAGCCAUCGCGGGGGAAUGGUUUCCACAGAGGACGGGACGAUCGCCUCGGUCCCUCGGAGUUUUUACGAAAGAUGGGACGAGGCGGAUUAGACGUGGAUAUGAUGGGAAGUAUUCCAUUGACUUCCCCCUCAUUCGGUAUGCCACCACCACCAUUCAGUCCGAAUGGAUUCGCAGGGACUCCUGGGGUUGGUUAUGGCCGUCAUAACCAACGUAAUCAGCCGGGAGGAGGCUACUAUCAAAACCAGAAUCGUCAUCAGAACAAUUACGAAGGAAAACGCAACCAACCGCAACACAAUUUACCGCAGAACUUCAACAAUAAUAGCAAUAAAGAGCAACUGCGAUUCAAUAAGAAUAAAAUGCUGAUCGGAGGACAUCCGGAAGAAGUGUCUCUCAGACCCUCAGCCAAUUCAAUGAUGUUCAAACAAACCAACAUCAACUUGAACUUACCUCUCAACAAUGAUUUGUUCCCAGGACGAGGCUCAGACUUGCCUCUCUUGCGUACUACCGCUCUGAAGCCGAGCUCGCCGCUACUGCACAAAGAGACGCCGCCUGCCAUCGUGAUUAAGCAAGGUCCCGUGGACAAACGGGAGAAGGCUCGGGACAGAAAGGACAAGGGACCCACACGGGAGGAAGUGUUGAAGAAAGUGAACGCCUUAAUGGACGACCUCGCGUCUCACACGAAUGUGCAGGAUGCUCUGACAGCAUUCAAAGAUCUUAAAAUACCCGAGCGAUUCUUACGUCACGCGAUCUGCACGCUGUAUUCGAACACGCUCGAUCGCGGAGAUUCCGAGCGCGAGCUCGCCGCCAAGCUCGUGACCGACCUGAAGAAGGAGAACCUGCUCACUCUGCAGCAAGUGAACGAGGGAUGGAAGGAGUUGGUGGCCAGUAUAUCGGAGAAAGAGAGUACCGUGCCUUUGGUAGCGUCCCACGUUGCCUUCUUGACAGCUAAGGCCAUAGUGGACAAUCUGAUCCAGUUGACGGAUCUCGCCUCGGAAACGGAAAAUGGCCGUCAUCAUCCGCUGUUCCUGCUCACUCUGCAGCAGCUCCACAAGACCCAGGGCAAGGCAAGACUCACGCAGAUCUUCAACGACAGCAAAGUCGAUCUUAUCAGUCAACUGCCAGAAGCGGAGAAGACAAAGGAGCGUUUGGGUGAAAUUUUGGAAGAUCGGGAAUUGACUUUCCUUUAUCCUCUCCUUAGAAUCCAGGGAGACAUGUGGCGUCAAUUGGAAGCCGAUCCGUCGCCUAACGCUCUUUUCAAGUGGAUUAGGGAGAAGCUGGAUCACAAACACCAUUCUGAUCCCGCAUUCAUUAAUGCUAUGAUGAACGUGCUCUUCAAGUACAUCACUGGGGAGACAACAUUAGCGCCCGGCGUUGAUCCAACCGUAAACCCAGACAAACAACUGCAGGAAAAGGAAAGUGCGUUACUGCAGAAAUAUGCAGGAGUAAUUCACAAUUUCCUGACUACCAUCGACUCGCAAGUUACGGCUCUUCAUGCGCUUCAAGUGUUCUGCUUCUCGCACAAUUUUCCAAAAGGGCUGCUGCUGCGAUGGUUCAUAGCACUUUAUAACCUUGAAGUCAUCGAGGAGGAAGCCUACCACAAGUGGAGAGACACCGUUACUGAUGCUUACCCAGGCAAGGGCAAGGCAUUAUUCCAGGUAAAUUCAUGGUUAACAUGGCUUGCCGAAGCAUCAGAAGAAGAGGAGGAAGACGACGAGGAUGAGAAGAAUUAAUCGCAAGAGCCUCGAGAGCAUUAUUCAGACUACCUAUGGUUUGGAAUAGGGUUUUACUAUCUAUAUCGCUGAACCACAGGAGGUUUCAGUUUUACUAAUUGAGUUAUCUCCAUCCAGAGUUGCAAACAUCUUGUUAGUCUGUCUCAAGCUCUCUCGCGUGAAGAAAAGGACUUUAAAAUCAUGUCUGAAGGGAAUGCGAAUAGUUUGUAGCUGUUGAGUGGUAAACGACAGACAUUUCAAGCAAGAAGUUUUAGAAUUUUUUUAGAUAAUUAAAUAUCGGUAUAAUUUAUAAAAUAAUAUUGGGCCAGCUUGAUAUAUAUCAAGUACUACGCCGCGUUGUAUUAUUUGGCGCGGAAAUUGAAAGGAAAAAAAAAGCAAAUUAAUCUGGUCAUUUUGUGUUGUCCGAGUUUUUGUCUAGUAUUGUGCAUGUGUCACGUUUUGUAAGUCAAUUUUUGUCCGCGGCAAUAAGUGGAAUCGUUUGUUAUCUCUGUGUACCAAGCAUUACAAUUUAUUAUGAAGAAUUAUUAUUACUAUGAUUAUUACUGAUUAUUAAUAUUAUUAUUAUUAUUAAUUAUACAUAUUUGAUUUACCCAAUAAUCGAAAUAUAUCUACAUCUUUCUAAAGAAAAAAAAGAAAAAAAAAAUUGAAAUUAAUCAGACACAAAGAGCCGACUCAGUAGUGUAAAAUGUAUAAACCUUGAAUGAAGCGCUUUCUGUUGGAAACACGGGAAUGAAAUUGCUUUAGAACGCAAUUUAGAUACAAAUACGAAUGCGUUAUAUACAUACGAGUAUAUUGAUCAACUAGAAAAGAAAGGGAAGAAAACACCGUGUAUCUACUUGCUGCGCCAUUCGAUCAACUAAGUACUAAUUACAGUUACAAUAACAACCAGCAACCAACAUCACAUCCAUUUAAAGUAAUAAUUAGCGAACACUAGUGACACGACUAAACUCAUAUUUAAAAAACAAAAUAAAAUAUGCCUUGGUGUAAUUUAUUACAGAUGGCCCCCUGGUUGUUGCGUUGAUGAUCAACUACCACCACCUCACCUUACAUUUCCUGCCUCUUAUAUAUAUAUAUGCUACGCUUUACUUUCCUCGAUGUCUCGCUCGAUAUCAUACCGAGCGCAGGAGAUCAGUACGCGCGAGUUGUUGUAUUGUCGAGAAGAAGGUCGCGCGUACUGAUCGAGAUGAGCGGAAGGAGAAAGAGAGAGAGAGAGAGAGAGAGAGAUACCGAGAGAGCGAGCAGCUGUAUUUCCCGUUAACGUCGUCGAGUAUGAUUAUGAUAGUUGAUAACCUUCAGACCGGCUCGUGACGCCAAAUAAUUAAACCUGAAGUGCAAUAAUGAAAAAGUAUUGCGUCAACUUUCGCCAUCAUUUUCUUUCGUUCGAAAUCGACACUUCCAUUACAUUCUCCUGUACAUUUAGCAUGUUUUUCUUUUUUCUUUUUCUUGUAGUAAUUGACUAGUAUCCUUAAUCAAACUUGUCAGUGUCGAAUGUAUGUAAAGAAUGGAAUACUUAACGAUGCCGAGAGAGAAUUUGGAUACAGAUUUUGUUGUUCGUGUAAACGUUUGUCAUUUUAUAGAAUAUUGUACAUAGAUAUCCCUGUUGUUCCACGGUUUCUACGUAAUUUUACCGCCGGACUGAAGUGUUCUUUUCUUUCUUCAAGCAGCAUCUUUUCUUUUUUCCUUUUUAAUGAAAUCAAUGUAGGUGGUAUACAAUCAGAGCGUCGUCAGUUAAGACCCGUAUAUCGUUACUCACCGUUAAGUCUUCAUUGAAUACCAUACUUUCACCCGUGGUACACAUUGUUCAUGAACCAGUUUGACCAGCACUUGAGAAUACAUACACGUUUUGAAUGCUAAAACGAAAAGGUUCUCCCCAGCAAGCCCGAAGCGGCAUAAUAAGUAGAUGAUCGUAAUAUGUGUUAACGCACGUUUGAGAAAUUGGCGAUAGAAUGAUAUGUACCAGCGUGUAUACGUAAAUAAUACGUCUUCGUUUCUUUUGUAGUAGCUUCAGGGCAAGCAUCGGCCCCUUGAGACCAUCGUCUCAUUGCGAAGGUUUUACACUGAUCCGUAAUCGGUCGGCCGGUAUAUCCCUUUGCACGUGAGAGAAUAAAGUGAAUAUUUAUAACGGCAUUAUUAUAUUGUAAUACGUUAGUGGACAUUCUCGUAUUGUAUUUAUAUGUUCCCCGUCGAUCGACAUUCGCGCGAGAGCGCCAGGUAUAUCCAUCAAUUCAUUAACGUAUAAACGCAGACGAUUAUUCCGAUUACGUUCGCGCGAUGUCAUGAGAGAGUAACGAUGUGUACUUGAAUAACUUUGUUAAUUUAUUUUCUCACGUACGAUACGUACAUAUCUUUAAUUGAACAUACACACACACACACACACAAACAAACACACCACACAUACGCAUACCAAUUGAUCCAUGUAUAAUGUCUUCAGUAUUAUUUCACGUAUAAUGAAAGGAAAAAAAAAAAAACUACGUUAUGUAGAAUCUUAGUUUCUCUUAGAUACUAAAACUGAUAAGACCAUCUUUUAUCUCUGUCAAUAAAAAUUGUUCCUAGGACCAUUCAUUUUCUUUAUGUCUGCGCUAAAUAAUUGCCAUUCCUCUUGCACGUUUCUGCGAACGCAAAUGGAAUUGCAACAGUAGUGAUCCGCUUGCGAACCGAUAACUUAUCUGCGGCAAAGUGAAUUAUUUUACGUAUCUUAUCGCGCAGCAUUCGCACUACCUGACGAUCGUAUUGCAUGAUAUCAAAUAAUUAAUCAGUAAAUAUUGAGAAAACACGAUUUCGUUAUAUAAUUUCCACGAGAGAAUAUUCAAGAUAAUACUUACCGUACGACUUGCAAAACGCAUCAACGCUUUGCAAAAAUUGAAAUCCUUAACUGCGUAAUUAUGUAUAUUGCAUAAAUAUAAUUAGCAGCCUUUGUCAAUGAAGUACAAGUAUCACGAUUCGAAUGGACAAAGUUCACAUUUUAUUUUCACUUUUGAAGAAAUCAAAAUAGAAACAUCGUGAGAAACGCAGCUAAUAUCUCGCGUGUUCGCAUCAGAAUGUCCAUAAUUUUUUGUUUUUGCCUUUUUUUGCUUUUCUUUGUUGGACUGAUACGUGAAUGAACGCAGAACAUUUACGCUACAUCGUGUUACUGGUAACUAUUAUAAAAUAUAAUCGCAAAAAAGUCGCAGCAGAAUAUGUGUAUUCUGGUGGUGUGUAGUAAGCAGCGCGUGUGUAUACCGUUUGGUUUUCCGGCUGAAUGGCAGUGAUAAAAAUGGAUAUCAAAUUCAUUCGGCAUGCAUUCGGCUAUUCUCUACUGUACUUGUAUGUUGCGUCAUGUGCAGCAGAGUGCCCCGGAAUAAGCGGAUUAAAUUCCAACAACAGGAUUAUCCGGAGCCAACUUGAGGCCAAUCUUCUUUCAACGAAAAUAACGACGUGGCACAAUUUUUGCACAAUCAACGAAUGAAAAUAACAAUCUUUUCGCGGAUCAAUUUCAAUUUUAAUUAUAUAAUUUUCUCAGCAUUCUUCGAUUAAUUUUGGAUAGUCCAAUUUUAACUUGAGGCUUUUCCUCGCACAACUUUCUCCACAAUACUUUCUUCAUUUCGAUUCUGAAGUAUCUGUUAUUAGAAUUUGAGCCGCUCGAUUUUGGACCAGGCACUUCAUGAUUCCAGGUGAAACUCUGGUUAAGUGAGUACUGAUACGGUGUUCCUUUUUUUUGUCCAAAUGAAAUUUUUAUUAAACACGAUUUUUCUGUAACAUCGAGGACGAAUUAUAACAUAAAUAAUCAUAAUCGAUCAGUAUCACUUUUUCGCGCUCAACAGUGAGUCUAUUAGUAACACUGGAAGAUAAUAGAGUUGUGGGGGUUGUUGGGGAGGCGAGGGCGGGGAGGGGGCGGCGGCAGCGGCGUUGAUAGCGGUUUCUCUGCUUCCUCUGCCAUUUAGCUUUCUCUCUCUCUCUCUCUCAUUCUCUCAUUCUCAUUCACUCUCUCUCUCUCUCUCUCUCUCUCUCUCUCUCUCUUACACGUCAUAUAUAUUUGAACAAUUACCGUUCACUCAGCUACACGAGGUUUUGGUAUACAACAAUACCUUACCUAAUCUAGCCUAAAUUGUAAUUAUCAUAGCGUGAAGCAUUGUGGUGGUAUUGUAUAUAUACAUCACACGCGCGCAAACAACUAUAAUUGAAUCCUGGAUUCGCAUUUUUGUCUCAGUAAUUUGGUUUCAGUGUUACAUUAUUAAAAUAUCGUAGACAGGAGAAAAACAGGGAUACUGGGAGAAAAGAUACUAAAGGCGAUUAUAUCUUUGCGUUCAAUGUGCCUGCAUUUUUCUUUCCUCAAGCGUAAAGUGACGAUGAAGAUCGCUCCCGUUACAAAGAACCAAGAAAAAAAAAAAA